GUUAAUAUGUUAUGCAUAGUACAUUUUAAUAGAUAUUUUUGCUCUCUAUAUAAAGGAGGUCUUUCUUUCCCGUUGCAAAAGAUAUGUGCUGUAGGCUGCCAACUAAACAAGCUAAAUUAAAUUAGAACUUUUGAUUUGCUCAGGAAAUGUCAUUAGGCACAUAUGGAAGGAGUUUUAAUUACUAAACAUGACCUGAAUGUUUCCAUUCAGAGAGCUACGAUCCAUAAAUGCCAGCCAUGCUGGCCUGCUUAACGAGAGAUCGGGACAAUCAAAAGGCAAGAUGUCCCAAAUCUGUAUCUGACCCCUUGACUCCAUGAGCACCAAACCGAGCAUUACCCCACUAAAAAACAUGGCCACAGAAAUAAAUGGCCAAGAAGGUGGCCCUGGGGCAUUAGUGGUUAAUGAAUUUAAUGGUUCAUUCAUAUCUACAGAAAAGUGCUGUUUCAAUCUGUAGGCCAAGCCCAUGAGGAAAAAAACCCAUCGGCUAGCAUAUGACAUUUUUGGGGGGGUUAAAUUCCCUUUCUUGAACCUGGCUAAAGCGUCAGCUCCUUCCACAUCUGGCGGCAACAAACUCCACCCGUUUGGACUCGAGGGGCCGCUGGACGGACACGAGCCCCCUUGGACAACGCCAGCUCUACGUUUCCUUGCUUUUUUGGCCGAGAGGACGGCAGAGCUGAUCUUCCACUCGGACCGACCACGACUCCCGGUUUCCAGCUGAAAUCUUGGGACUUAUCUCGUGAACCGCGUCCGCGUGUGUCACCGUGCGCGUCUCUGUGAGAGGAUGGCGAGGUGCCCGGGGGGGGCCACGGUCCCCGGCUGAGACUGGCCGCUCCCUGCUGCGGGGUUACACGUUUGGAGCAGACACACGUGCAACUCGGCACCGCGCCCUGCAUUUACACCAGCCACGCGUGCAACGUCAUGAUCCGACAGGAAAACCAUGGAAGCUAAACCCAUUGUGACAUCGAGGCAGAGGACGGUGGCGGUGCAGGGAGUGCCAACAGAGGUGGUGUGCAUGGCCUUCUCCAACUCCAUCCUGGUGGUGGUCACGCAGUACGGGAAGAUGGGGACACUGGUCUACGUGGACCCCAACGUCGUAAGCAAUGACGUCGGCCGACCUGUCCUCACCACAAAAGUGCUGCUGGGGCAGGAUGAGCCCCUCAUCCAUGUGUGUGCCAAAAACCUGGUAUCGUUUGUGUCUGAGGAAGCUGGGAACAAACCUGUUCUUCUGGCUAUCGCCUUAAAGGACAAGACCAUGGACGGCAUAAAAGCUCUGCAGGAAGUGAUCCAAAGUUGCCAAGUGUGGUGAGGCACACUUUCCAUGCAAUUGAAAGGAAGAGAUCUUGAGUCAGGAUACAAAGGACAGAGUAUUGGAAAUGAUGGGAUUUCUUUAUCACAGCUUUGGACCAUGUUAAGGAAUUUUGUGAAAUGUUGUAUACCAUGUAGAAUGCUUUGAGGUUGUGAUGGUGGCAGUGGUGGUAGUGACAUGGAUUUGGAGCCCAUUCAGUGAGUAAUUAAUUUGGAAUGGUAUUCUCAACACUCAAGGAAUUUUUAUUUUUCUCACACUGAGGGGAGGGCGGCAUUUUUUUGGAGAACUGCAUGUGGCUUUGUAGCCUUAUCUUGAGAAGUAAAGCCCUGUGACAACGAAACACUGUGCCGUAAUGUAAAGUCUGAUGCAGAAUGAAUAAAGAAACAUCAAUGAAAGCAUCAUUUACCUGCUUCUCCCCCAUGACAACCAGAUGAUUUGAAACAUUUUGGACCAGAAUCAAGUUAAUUGGGCCUGCAGACAGUACAAAAUAGGGGAAAAUGUUGACUCUUGACUUCAGGGUCCAGUGGAAACCAUAGCAAAUCUUUAUUGUGCAUAGUUGCGCACAUCGGGCACUCCAGCUUCUGUCUUUAGGAGAAACCAUUAACUUGAAAGUUACAAAUAUCUGUGCAAGCUGUAGUUACAAGUAGCAUCUAAUAUUGUUGUCAUCGAGAGGAAUGAUUAAAUAAAAAUAUUUUUCUCUA